AUGAGAACGUUAAUUUUAUUUUUAAAAAUUACUACAUUCCUUCUUUUAAUUUUGAUAUAUCUAUGUUUUCAUAACUGUGAUUCCUAUAAAACUUUGAUUUAUAAAAAUAUAUUGCAAACAAAAAAUGAGUUAAAAUCUGAAAGAGUUUUAACAGAGGGUGAUAUAGCAGGUAAAAAGCAAACUAACGCUGAAGGAUGUCUAGAAGAACGUCCAUUAGAUAAAAAAAAAAAAAAAAUAAAAUGGAAAAAUCCGUUUAAAUACGAGAAUCCGCACGACGCAUGGCAAAGAGAUACUACUCCAUAUUUGCGGGAACGAUUUAAUAGUGAGACAAGUGAAAUGGACUCUAAAUGGAGAGACGAAAAAUGGAAUAAUGAAUGGAAUAGAAUUUCAGCUAACAAAGUUAAAGAACUAUCUUCAAUAUUUCAUCGAAGAGAUAUUUCAAAAGAGGAAAAAGAAAGAUUAAUUUAUUCUGCUGAGAAAGAACUAUACAAUCUAUUCGUGAAAUUCUUAGACGAAUGUAAGACAGAGAUAAUAGACAAUAAAACAGAAUCCGAAUCUAAGAAUGAGAUGACAGACAAUAAAACAGAAUCCGAAUAUAAGAAAGAGAUGAUAGACAAUAAAACAGAAUCCGAAUCUAAGAAUAAGAUGACAGACAAUAAAACAGAAUCCGAAUAUAAGAAAGAGAUGAUAGACAUUAAAACAGAAUCCGAAUCUAAUAAAGAGAUAAUUGACAAUAAAACAGAAUCAGAAUCUAUGAAAGAGAUGAUAGACAAUAAAACAGAAUCCCAAUCUAUGAAAGAGACGAUAGAAGAUAAAACAGAAUCCGAAUCUGAUAAAGAGAUGAUUGACAAUAAAACAGAAUCAGAAUCUAUGAAAGAGAUGAUUGACAAUAAAACAGAAUCCGAAUCUAAUAAAGAGAUGAUUGACAAUAAAACAGAAUCCGAAUCUAAUAAAGAGAUGAUUAACAAUAAAACAGAAUCAGAAUCUAUGAAAGAGAUGAUAGACAAUAAAACAGAAUCUCAAUCUAUGAAAGAGACGAUAGAAGAUAAAACAGAAUCCGAAUCUAAUAAAGAGAUGAUUGACAAUAAAACAGAAUCUGAAUCUAUGCAGGAGAUGAUAGACAAUAAAACAGAAUCCGAAUCUGAUAAAGAGAUGAUUGACAAUAAAACAGAAUCCGAAUCUAAUAAAGAGAUGACUGACAAUAAAACAGAAUCCGAAUCUAAGAAUGAGAUGACAGACAAUAAGACAGAAUCCGAAUCUAAGAAUGAGAAGGGAAAAAAUAAAAUAAAAAAUAAGAAAUCAAAUAUUUUGAAAUUUCUUUUUAAGAGGUUUGAUAACCAUUAA